ACUCUUUGUAGAAGAAUGGAUUUCUUGACAUUCAAUCAAUUUGCCGUGCUUCUCUGGAAAAAUUUUACCAUAAAGAGAAGGCAUUACAUUAAUUUAUUAUUUGAAGUCCUAACGGCAGUGGUGUUUCCAAUGUUGCUUUUGCUAUUCCGUUCAUUUGCUACUAUACAAGUUGCUGGACCUCAAUAUUUUAAACCUCUACGCAUCAGUGGUUUGCCUUCUUUCCUCCAAAAUCCUCAAGAGUGGGAAUUGAUUUACGUGCCUUCUAAUAUUAAUGUGGUAAAAGAGAUCAUUGAGAACAUGAAGAGGAAUUUAAACAUCAGUAUAAAAGUUAAAGGCUUUUAUUCAGAAAGUGAGUUUGAGAAGUAUGUGAAGUAUGACUAUAAAUCUCAAAAAGUGCUGGCUGCCAUUGUUUUUGACAAUGACUUUGAAAACAUCAAUGACUCUCUGCCACUUCAGGUAAAAUAUCAUCUGCGUUUUGUUAGGAUACCAAGGACUAUCCAACAUUCAGGCCCGUCAGACUGGAAAACAUCCUUACUCUUUCCUAUUCACCCCUUUUCAGGACCCAGGAACCCAAACAACCAAGACGGAGGGAGUCCUGCCCAUUUGGCUGCUUCUGCUGGAAGUUUCCUAUAUUUUGCCAGUUUCUUUCCAUUUAAAUCCAUUAUUGGUAACUAUGGACAGAUAACCAUCGCCAACAAGGUGGCUGCCUGUCUCAGCUCAAAUGUUGCACUGGCACUGGGGAUUAAUCUUCUGCUCAACUUAGAAAUAAAGGAAAUUGGUCUUAAGUGGAAUAACCUUUGGACACGGGCCAGCCUUGAGGAUAACCUCAUAUUUGGCUAUAUGAUGGGAAUGCUUUUACUUGAUGCUUUCUUGUAUGGCCUUGUGACAUGGUAUAUAGAAGCUGUCUUUCCAGGACAAUAUGGUGUGUCCCAACCAUGGAAUUUUUUUCUUAUGCGUUCAUACUGGUAUGGCCGUCCAGGAAUUAGAAGGAAAGAGGAAGACAUGAAAGGCUAUGGAAGAACUCAGAGCAAAUAUUUUGAGGCUGAACCAACUGGUUUGGUGGCAAGUAUCCAGAUCAAACAUUUGCAUAAGGAAUUUGGUGCCAAAGUAGCAGUAAACAACAUGUCUUUGAAUUUAUAUAAGGGGCAGAUCACUGUUCUUCUUGGAGAAAAUGGGGCAGGAAAAACUGUCACCUUGUCUAUUCUCACAGGUUGCCAUCCUCCAACCAGAGGAGAGGUCUAUGUUAAUGGAUAUCCCAUCUCAAAGAACCUAACUGAUAUUCGAAAAAACUUUGGCUUCUGCCCACAGCAUGACUUACUGUUUAAUGACUUGACACUAUCAGAACACCUUUAUUUCUACUUUAUGGUGGUGAUACUUGAUGAGCCCACAAUUAGCAUGGACCCCAUCUCACAAAGAGCCACCUGGGACCUCCUUCACCAGUAUAAACAGGACCGCACCAUCUUAAUGACCACCCACCACAUAGAUGAAGCUGACAUCCUGGGUGACCGCAUUGCCAUCAUGGUGAAGGGAACUCUGCAUUGCUGUGGCUCUUCAGUCUUCCUGAAACAAAUAUAUGGUGCUACAUAUCGCAUAGUCAUGGAGAUUGACCCACAGUGUGAUGUUGAAAAGCUCUCUGCACUGAUUCGGUCUCAUAUUCCACAGGCCACCUUGGAAGAGUGUACUGGAGCUGAGUUAUCAUUUAUCCUACCCAAAGAGUAUAUACACAGAUUUGAAGCUCUGUUUAAUGAUCUGAAAGAGAAAAAGAGUGAGCUGGGCAUUACCAGCUUUGAUGCUUCAGUUACUACCAUGGAAGAAGUCUUUCAUAAUGUUACAGAUGUCCCUCAGUUUCUCCCCCUUACCACCCUCUUCCCAGCACCUAGCCAACUCCAGCCUUCACCAUCCUAUUCUCUGUGUCCGUGG